CUAUUUGCAGAUAAAUUACAGCGGCGUGUAAGUGCGUCGGGUUUGUAUAUAUUCGGCUUGAUUUACUUCGGGUUUUCUUGGAAAACAAAGUGUAUGUGUAUAUGUAUCUUCACUGAUUAUUACUAGACCGGAUGGGUGGACGUCAAUCAGUUCAAACCGAUUUACAUCGUCGACCUCGAUCUAAUUCAGUGGCCGAUACAACAGCAGUGUCAGCUUCAGCUUCAACUAAUCAUCGUAAUCCGCAUCUGAUCGCUGGCAUUGGUAGUAUCAGCAACCUUAGGGGACGAGUUGACAAUGAAAGUACAUCGGAUUCCGAUGAAGAUGCACCAGGAACAAGUGCUGCAUUACACUCUGGUUCUUCGGCUGAAACACGGCCAAUAGGGUUUUCCGUUUCACAUUUGCGAACACAUAGAGGCUCACGUGAUGUUCCAGCACGUCGGUCGAUGCCGGUAUUGCAGCUUUUGAGUCGUUUAUCGCAAGAUAUCAAAUGUCCGAUUUGCAAGAAAACGGUACCGUCCGAUGAAGCUGAAGUUCAUCUAGUUAUGUGUCUAACACGUCCUAAAAUAACUUACAAUGAAGAUGAAUUAAGAGAAGACAAGGGAGAGUGUUCGAUAUGUCUCGAAGAAAUGUCUUGUGGUGAUCGAAUUGCCCGUCUCCCUUGCUUAUGUAUUUAUCAUAAAAGCUGUAUCGAUGAAUGGUUCAUGCGCAAAAAUUGUUGUCCUGAGCAUCCAGGUUAUGACUAAUGCGGAAUGUUUUGCUUCUACAUUAUUCGAUAACAUUACUCAUCUAUCUUUUUUCUUUCAUAUUUUCACAUUUGCUGCUGAAAUAAGAAAAUAUAAUUUCCAGAUGGAAAAAAUGAAGACAGGUUUGUGAG